CUUUCUAAAAAACCGCAAUAUACAACUUAUUAUUGCUUAAUAAUAAACCUGUUAUAAUCACUAUUCUCUCUUAAUGAUCUUCGCGACUGCCUAUAACACCAAUAGUGAUGGAUUGGGAUCGCAAUAGGCGAUUUGAUGAUCACCGUGGCGGAGAGAGUUAUCGCCCUGCUGGCUCACGGGGAUAUUUGCGACGCAGCAGAUCUCCACGGGUCCAUUCCCCUCGUCUUGUCGCAGAUACAUGGGUUCCACCGCACGGGCGAACAUAUGGCCGCGCCCGUAGUCGUUCACCCCCAGUCUCUAGACGGCGAAGUCCUUCGUUUUACAGUCGGGAUACGGGAAAUAAAGCCUAUGUGAAGGCAUGCUCACCACCCAGACGCUUCUCUCCUAGGCGGAGUGAAGCAAGAAAUAGAUCACCUCCCCAGGUUUCCUGGCGGUCAAGAACUCCCUAUGGCGAAUCCCGACGUCGUGAUAUUUCAUGGGGGCGAAAUACUCCCAAACGGCCGCGAGAUCCAUCACCACGCAGCCAAGAUUUUAGGUACCCUAGGCGAGAGCGCCAUCCAUCUUCUGCAGAUUCAUAUAUGAAAUCUGAUAUUUCAUUUCGGAAUAGUGGCAGCCGUGCGCCACUUCCACAUCGAUCUCGAAGCCCUUUCCAAGGAGCACGCAGGGAUCGCAACCCAGAUAUCUCUUUGACCCCAAAAAAUCGCUCACCGUCUCCCAAAGGUGCAUCGCCUUUACGCGCUUCUACUUCUGGGUCGCUCCCUGGUUCAAGGCGAUCCUCGUCUUCUGCCGAAAAGUUCAAUAUGAUGUCGUCUAAUAUCCAUAGCCGGUCACCCACUCAUCACAAUUCAUACGGGGGCUUUUCUGGACAUUUGAAUCACUUGUCCUCACGUGAAGACAGUUUGCACGUCAUCAAGGAUAGGCCUACUACCGAAGAUAGGCCUCCUACUGAAGAUAGGCCCCAUACUGAAGAAUUAAGACAUAGGUCUCCAAUAUUGGAGCAGCCCAUGAAUAGAGGACAAUGCAUUGACACCCUCGGGCUACAGCAACAUUCAGAAACACACGAGAUAGCUAGCCAACCUAACCCAGUCUAUCCCCGGAAUGUUCCACUUCAACCAAAAGCAUACUCCAACUCGUUAGAUGGCCAAACACCACCCUCUGGACCAUCUAAUGGCCCUAAAACAAUGUCGUUACAAAACCGUGCGCCGAACAUAUCUUUACUGUCGGCUCCGACUCGGCCACGCGGCAGCCCUGGAUUUAAGGAGGCGCCCUGGUCAGGAUCCCCAGCCCGGCGUGGACCUUCGUCAACCGGUCUCCGUGGGCCUCCGCCAACCGGUCCUCGCAGUAGUAUUUUGCCAACCGGUCCAGGCGUGGAGUUAUCCCGGCCCCAUCUUAACAACAGACAAAGUAGCCUCAGCGGCCCCUCCUACCCUCCUCGUAUUCCGAGGCAUACUAGCCACCUCGCCGGACUCCGUCCAAUAAUUCCGGAUGGCAAGCUUCUUCCAUCUAGUCUUGAUGUGGCUACGGACAAGCGUCUUUCUCAAUUAGAUGCAGACAAAGACAAAAUUUUCGACCAAAUUGGCAAUAGCCAAAUUUUGAGGCGACUUGGUAUUCGAGAUUGGGAUAGGCUUGAUAGAGAAAGUUCAAUCUGUGCACUAAAGAGUGAACUGGCAGAAGGACACCUGCAGUGUAUAGCUGAUGUUGAAGGCGUGCAUGUUGGCGCAAUGUUUUGA